CUUGAGACUCUGUUAGAGCAGAGAACUUUAACGCUCUACUCCUCCACAUUUUCCUCACUCCUCACCAUUUGUUUCUCAUCGUCGAGUACCAUAUUGGAAGUGAAAGGCUGAUCUGGCACAAAAAAUGGGGAGAUUUUCAAUACCCGUAUUGGGGUUUCUUCUCUUCUGCUGUUGGGCAGCUUCAACAGAAGCAACAUACAUGAAAUACAAAGACCCAAAACAGCCAGUAGGUGCUAGGAUCAAGGACUUGAUGGGCCGUAUGACUCUAGAAGAAAAGAUAGGCCAAAUGGUUCAGAUCGAGCGUGCUGUUGCAACCCCAGAUGUUAUGAAGAAGUCCUUUAUUGGGAGUGUUUUAAGUGGUGGAGGAAGUGUACCUGCUACAAAAGCUACUCCUGAGACAUGGGUUAAUAUGGUUAAUGAGCUUCAAAAAGGUUCUCUGUCAACCCGUCUUGGGAUUCCAAUGAUCUAUGGUAUUGAUGCUGUUCAUGGUCACAAUAAUGUCUACAAUGCCACCAUUUUUCCUCACAACAUUGGUCUUGGAGUGACCAGGGAUCCUCAACUUGUCAAGAGGAUUGGAGAGGCAACUGCUCUUGAAGUCAGAGCUACGGGAAUCCCUUAUGCUUUUGCUCCGUGUAUCGCGGUUUGCAGGGAUCCAAGAUGGGGUCGAUGCUAUGAAAGCUAUAGCGAGGAUCAUAAGAUUGUUCAAGCGAUGACUGAGAUCAUUCCCGGUUUACAAGGGGAUCUCCCUGCCAAUUCUAAAAAUGGAAUUCCCUUUGUUGCUGGAAAGUAAGAACCUUUAUGAUAAACGUCUAAAUUUCCC